AUGGAGACCUCCUACUACGUCGGCGCCGAGCCCAAGAAUCCGGUGCAGAAUGAGAAGUUCUGGCGGAAUCGCAUUGAUGCUGAAGAGGGUGCAGCGGUGCGUGCGACCGCCCAAUCCGUGUUGGAGUGGAGCUGCCCCAUCACCGGAAGGAGGCCACAUGCACCUCGACUCGAGCCGAAAGGCACACUUGCAUCUCGAGGUAAAGAGAUUUUAGAAGGAAGUGAGGUAGGACGCUUGGAGAAGGUGGGAAGCUUGGAAAAGCAGGAAAGCCAGUUUCAUGGGCAACGUGUGGAUACCAUGGAUACCCAGCUGCCAGAGCCGCAGGCCGCAGAGAAGGAGAUUGAAGAGCUUCGCAAAAGGCGGCUAGACGAAGAGCCCCUUCCAGAGAUCCUGGUGGAGGAGCCUCAGCGCAAAGAUCUUGACAAGCGCGUUAGGCCGGACGCAUCUGCAGCGGCGCUUCGUUUGGUCGACACUGUGGGGUCGAGGCAGUGGCCAGAUGAGGACUAUGGCCUUCCCGCAAGCUGGCUACAUGCAGCUGCCAAUGCGUCAUGGCCUGCAAUGGAAGGACGCUUGGAGAAACUACCAUCUCUUCCAGCUCUUCAAGAGGCCUCCAGACGGUUGAUUGAGGGGAGUGAUGGUGGUGCCAUGCUCAUAGAUGUUGAGCGCAGUGGCGAAAACACGGAAAGCUUGGGAGUGGAGGCCCCUACAGCCUUCACGAUCAACGGCGUGGCGAUGGUGGCCACUCCAGAAAAGUCCUCCGACUUUGUGUGGGAUGUCUACGCGAUCAGCGAUUCAGUCACAUCCAGCUUAUCAGCAGCAGUUCGCCUACAGGACACACUGGACCACGACGCUGAAGAUGCCCUUGAGAGCAUGAGCGACAUUGAUGACAGCUCUGAAGAAGGGAGAGACCAGAGCUCUGAUGAAGAAGGUGAAGAGGAUGUGCCAAAUUGGACAAAUGAGCUUGACUAG